UUUUAAAGACACAAAUAGUAGUUUAAUUAUAGAAAUAUUGAUUUACUUACACUAUAAACGGGCAUGCUCCUCAAUGAGUUAUCUACUAGUUUAAAUUCAUUGGAGUCCACUGAAGAAUGUAAUUUCAUUAAAGCUCUUGCUACAUCUACUCUCCCUUGCACUAUCAUUCCUAUCACUGUGUCCCAAUACUCAGGGUGGUCCUCCGAGCCACGUUCACAUGCCUCCAGCAUCUGGGCUGCUGUCUGUUCAUGGCAAGGGAAGUGAAAUCUCACCCAUUCUAGCAGAAAAGGCAACACAACAUCCCCAGGAAUGUUAUCAAUGUACAAAAUCUCACACAGGUGCCAAAUACAUUCUACAGAGUAAAAAAUUGUGAUGUAGGACAAUAAGUUGCACUUUUUAACACCGUCUUGCUCCAUCGCUGCCGAUUCUUGCAAGCUCUCAAUACAAACUCGAAUAAUAGAUCGGUACUGGCGCGAAAGUUUCAAGAACUCCACUUGAUUAUCCGUGGUUUUGGCAGCUUCGGCCGCUUUUUGAAGAGAUAUGUAAGUACCGUUUGAUUCAUUGACUAGUUUGCGCAAAAUUGGAAUGAAUAACAAAAUAUCUUGGCGUACAUCUAAUAUUUUAUUAUCUAUCGAUACUGGUGCUUUGCUGACUGUUUGACUGCGAGGAUAUAUAGAAAAUUUGUUCCCACUUCUAAAAACACAUGCUGCGCGUUGUUCGAAACAUUUAUCCGGUAGAACCUGUAAAAAUUGAAAUGUAUUCAAAACCAAACAAACAUAACCUCAUCGUAUCAGUAAGCGAGGAUACUUACAAAUGUUUUCGUAUUGCUAUCAGCUUGAGUAUUGUUCCCUCGGCUAAAACUCGACCCUUGAUUGGAUGUAUUCAUUUUAUAAAUGUUCUUGUAAAAGUUUCAGUUAAAAACCAGUUCUAAUUUAUGAUUUGAUUUCGACAAAAUUCAACAGUUUUAUUCGUUAAAAUUCAUUUUCGUUUGUCAAAAAAAAAGAAACGUCAAUCACAAUCAAACGUCAAGUCAAAAUUUUUUUGUUACUUUUUUUUGGGAAGGCAAAGUGAAUAAAUUUUAUACAUUCUACAGUUUAUUAUAUUUCGUAUUUGCCUUGAUUUGUAUAUCUUAGAAUAUUUAUAAGAGUAUACUGUAUUAAGUGAAUACGUAUAUUUAUAAUGAACAGGACUGAUGACUAGUGAAGACCUAUAAUAUGGAUUUACCACUGUUUUUGAAAAUAAUAGAUUUGAAAAACUCAACUCACUUGCUCGAUCUUUCUUAUAUCUGUCCAUAUUAAUUCAUCUAUUCUAGUAUGGCAUAAACUAUAUUUUUUUACUAAUCUCAAUUAGGGACCACUUUAUUUUCCUAAUUACUUUGAACUUAUAACUUCAUGCUUUUUACUAACGAACUAAAGCUGCUAUUUCACCGGGAUUAUUCGCUUGUAAUGUCACAUUUAAGAUUCUAUUAUGAGAGAGUGAAUAAUUGUUAUGACAAUGAGCUGUGUAAUAUUCAAUUCAAUUUAUUCAAUUUUGCAAGAAUUUAUAAUCAAUUAAACACCAGACUAAUCGAUAAUGUUACAAUACAGAAAAAACAAAUGCUCCUGUUAAAUAAAUGGAGGUCAUCAUACAAGUUCGUAAGCUGAGUAUCAUUGGAGGUGUCAUCAUACGUUCGUAGUUCCUGAGUAGUCUUAAUGUACAUUGCACUUUGCCUUCCGUAUGCCUAUGAAAAAAAAACAAAAUUGAGCAUUUAAUACUUUUAUUUAAAAAUUUAAUUUCAAAACAUUUCACGAUAAAUUAAAUUAUGCAUUUUGCUUAAUUAUUAUUUUUUUGUAAUAAUCUUAAACUUGAAUAAAUAAAAGUGAAAAUGAAUGCAUGUAUAAAUACUAUUGAAAGUGAAUUGACCGGACAAAGUGUCGGAAGACAUGUUGAAUUUUGUCACUAAUAAACGAUUUGUCAAUUCGUCAAAAAUUGUUUUGUUUAACCAAAAAUCGGACAAAAUUAUGCAGUAAUUCUAGUGAUAUUGCGUUGUGCUACGAGAAAACAUUAUAAUGUUUUAUGUGUACAUACUAAAAAUACUAAAAUAAGUUUUGAAAACGAAGUUGUCACAAUCCGUUCAUUGCUAAUUGGUAAGUUUUGGUUGUGUCUUUAUAACUGUUCCUUACUAACUUUCUGCAAUAUUUGGACCAAGAAAGCAUUUCCUCGCCGCUCGAACGCAAAGCCAUUCUCCCAUGUGUAGAUAAAUCGCGAGUAUUUUGUAGUAAAUAGUAACAAGCAUGACGUAGCUUCGUCGUAGGUGAGUAGAAUUUAGGCCGCCAGCGCAGAUAAUCCUUUCUUUUAGCCAGUUGUAUGUUUAUACGCGGAUUGUGUGGUUGUUUUGUGACGUCAAGCGUGUGUGUAGUUGGAAAUUCUUUGUGCUAAUGUAGUGUGAUAUGAUAAACACUAUCUCUGCUUGAUAAUGCUAUCAAGUAGAUUGCCUGUGUUCUAGACCAUUAUUCAUGCAGAAUAUACAGUUUCGCCAAAAUCAGUGUUCUGUUUACUGUGGAAGUGUUCCCUAUAAAUAUCUUAUUGAAUGCCCCGUGGUCGGGACGAUAUGCAAGUAAACGUGGCGGGCCUUAGAAGGAAUAUCAAGAAUCUCGCGCACAACUACUCUGAUGCUCAGGUGAAAGUGCGCGAGGCAACUUCGAACGACCCAUGGGGCCCCUCCAGCACCCUGAUGGCGGAGAUCGCCGACCUCACGUACAACGUGAUGGCGUUCACCGAAAUAAUGCAGAUGAUUUGGAAGCGGCUCAACGACCACGGCAAGAACUGGCGGCACGUCUACAAAGCGCUCGUGCUGAUGGAAUACCUCAUAAAGACGGGAAGUGAGAAGGUCGCCAUGCAGUGCAAGGAGAACAUAUUCGCCAUUCACACGUUAAAGGACUUCCAAUACAUGGAGGAAGGAAAGGAUCAAGGUCUCAACGUUCGCGAGAAAGCGAAGCAGCUGGUGAACUUGCUUAAAGACGAGGAGCGCUUAAAGAACGAGCGCACGCGAGCGCUCAAAGCGAAGCAGCGGUUCGCUCAGAGUGCCAGCGCCUUCGGCAGCGACGGCGCCUUAGACACGCCUACCAGUCCUACGUACCCGCCGGUGGACAAUAUGGGGGCGGGCAGCGGGUCGGGCGAGUGGUCGGGCAGGGACGCGGAGUUAGCUCGCCCGUUGACGGCGGGUGAAGAAGAGUUGCAACUACAGCUGGCUCUCGCCAUGUCCCGAGAGGAGGCGGAGAAGGACGAGCGCCGCCGACGGUCCGACGACGUGCGGCUGCAGCUCGCGCUCAGCCAGUCGCAGAACGACUUCCAGACGGUGCCGGAGAAGAAGCAGUCUCCGCAGCAGUCGCACCUGCUGGACCUGCUGGACGUGAACCUGGGCCCUCCCCCGCCCACUAACGGCACCGCCCACGCCUCCGCCCCUGCCCCGGCAGACCCCUGGGGCCUGCCCUCCCCUCCACAGAGGCAGGAAACGUCUUCGGACGCGUGGUCAGGCGUGGGGAGCCCGGCGCGAGACCCGUGGGCCGCGCCCUCUGCUCCCGACCCCUGGGCCCCGCUCGCGCAACUCAACUAUACUGCACAGAACAAGUCCCCUCUAUCGACGCUGUCGUCACCAUCUCCGGGCGAGUUACAGCAAUUCGAUGCGUUAUCGCAGCGACCGCCGCCCUCCAGCGACGACCCCUUCGACCUCAGUGCACUGGGUAACAACUUGUCCCCGCCGUCCUCGGUCACGGGUGCGGUGAAGAAGUCUCCGUCGACAUUCCUGGGGGAGAACUCAUCGCUGGUGAAUCUGGAGCGCCUACUCGUGGCCCCCGCAGCCCCCGCGCCCAACCCCUUCACGCAGCCCCCGCCACAGAGGAACGCCUUCCAGCCCCCCAACCCGCCCAAACUGUCCAUCAACGAGUUGAAGCAACAGCAAAUGGGUCUCACGGGCAUGCCGUUCCAGUCCCCCCCCCCCCGCCUUCGGGGCCCCGGCGCCCGCGCUCAGCACAUCGGCCUCCAUAACCCCGGUCCCGAUGGGCAUGAACACCGCUGUGGGCGGGGUCGGUGACCCCUGGGCGCCGGUGCCGGCACCGCGGUCCCAGUCCCCGUGGUCGCCGCCCAACGCCAGGCAUACGCCCAACCCCUUCCUGUCCUAGCCGCAGCCGCCGGAUCGUGGUUAAAGCCUUCCCGCUGUCGUGAAGCCGUGCUCAUCGUGCCAAGGAUUUUGCAUUCCACGAGUGUGCGUGGACAAUAUUGAACUCUAUUUCUAUGAGCAUUAAAGGCGAGGAGGCGUGCACUCUUGAAAUGCAAGAGCUAUAAGCACGGAAACGGCGAAACUUCGUUUCAACAGAUAAAUCUAAUGCUAGGUAUGUCAGUGGGUGUUUAGUUCGCGCUGUGCUCGCUAUAAGGGGACGUCGGGCUGACUAAACUUUGGAAUAAUAUAAUGAGUCAAUUUUGAUAAAUUCGAUGUUAUCUGUAUCAAAAGAAUAAAAUUAUGUAUGAAGCAAAUACUAACACGCAAGUUCAGUGGUAAUGUUUAUUAGUUUUACCAGAAAUGUGAGUGAAAUAUAAUAAGUUUUCAGUAAUUAUAAAUUUACGAAUAAUAAUACAUAAUUGAUUUUUGCAUAAAAAAGGAAUCUGCCCUGACAUCUUUCUCCGAAUGUAUACUCAAUUGUAUUUAAGUAUUAGCAAAGGAGACCCGGCACUUUUCAUAGAAAAAAUGCUAAACUUGUAUAUAGUUGAAUUUGGUCUCAAAAUAAAGCCAAAAUUAUUUGCUACAUAAAACUACUUUUGCCUUAUUUUUAGUGAAUCGUGGAAAGAAGUUAUUUAAUGAUUAAUAUUUUUUGAUAUAGAAACCCUUUUGAUGACAAACCUACGUAUUUGACAUUGACAGCUAGCUGCUGAUGACUAAUAUUGCCAGACUACGUUACCCAAAUAGGAAACACAGAUAAAAAAAUUAAAAAAUUAUACAACUUUGGCACAAAAUGCCGGGUGUCCUUUCACACUAACAACAAUUAUUAUUAAGAUCGACAUUAAUUUCAUAAAAUGAGGCCUUAAAAUGUGCUGUGAGUAAUAAAUCCAGUUUAAGUGACAAAAGUGCUAUACAAAAUCAUCCUAAUAAUUAAACCACUGUCUGGCUUAUAUUAUAAUUUAUUACUUAACACUAGAAUUCAGAAAUUCACUGUCUCACUAAUGCACUUCAUUGGUAUCGAUUCUGGCGAGAUUCUCUAAACCUAAAUUUAAAUUUGACAAUAGUGUAUCCUUGUCAGUAUCUAUAAAGAGAUGAGAAGGAGAGAGUUAAAUUUAGCUCUAAGUUUAGAGAAUCAUGGCAGAAUUGACACCAUUGUUUGCUAAAUAGAUGGACAUAAUUAUCGCAAGUAAAAGCAAUGUUGCAAAAUUAUAGUUUAAUAGUCAAAUUUAUUUUAAGUAUUUCAAUAAAAUUAUGUUUAAUGUACCAUUAAAUUAUAAAAUAUCAAAUCUAAAUCUAAAGAUUAUAACUAGAAAAAAUUCCACGAGGACCAGGCAGCAGACGGGACUGGAACCCGCACCCUUCGCAAUCCGGGCGAAUGCACUGUUGAAAUUCUUCUAGCCUUUCUAGCCAUCUCUUCGCAUUAUAGGUAACCCGCAAUGUCUGGUCCGCGUGGAUUUUUUUCUAGUUAUAUUCUCUUUAGAUUUAAACAUCAAGCAGUUACAUGCUUUAAAAAAAAUAAAAACUAUAUCAAAUCUACACAAUAAAUUGGUUCAAAAUUCAUAUGAACACAUUUAAAUGUUUACACUAUGUAAAAUAAUUUGCUAAACGCAGUCCUGACGUCCCCAAUCAAUUGUUGUUGUCAUGUCAUGUCAAUCAUGUUGAUUGCACCGCAGUUAUGUUUUAAUGUUUCUUGAAGCAUCUAGCGAACAAUUGUAUGUUACGUGUCUCCUUCAGUCGCUUCAGAUGAAUUCAGCUAACACCCAAAACACCUGUAUGUAACUAAACUAACUACUUAUGCGUAUUUAUCAAUUUAUUUUUAAAAUAACUUUUUGUGUGGUGAGUGGGAAUCAUGAACUUGCAGUAUAUAAAAAAAAAGUGUAUGGUCAGCAAUGUAAUCACCAAUCUAAUUACUAAUUUAAUAACUACUGGUUUCGUUGCUGUCCGUACGUGGUUGGUGGUAGGUUAACAAAUUUAAAGUAAGUUAGGACUGUAUACAAAAUAUAUAUAAUGUAAAUGAGAGGUUUUUACAUAGACUGGUGAACGCUGUGACGUUGUAUAAGAAAUUAGAACUCUUAUUUUGGAUAGACGUUUGGUUGUGGGGCAGGUUUUGUAUAUAUAUAUAAAUAUAUAUAUUCCCAUUUACACUUGGUGAUACUAAAAUUAUAUAAGAAAAUAUCUACUUGUGUUUAUCUUCAUACUGGCUUUAUUAUAAAAGUGAAAUAGAAAAAUAUUGAAGUAAUAGAAUUUUUCUAUAAUUAUAUUUUUUAAACAGUCCCACAACUGAAGGUUAUGCGAAAUUAGACCGUAACAAUAGUCGUGUAGGCCGCAAAUAGAAUUAGCUCCGCCGAUAUCAGAAAAUUCAUAUUGUACUUAUCACCAGAUGAUACAUUAAUAUGUUGGUUUAAAUAUUUCCAAACCAGUAACAUUCGUCUCGACUACGAGGCUUUGUUUUUUAAGAAAUAAACUUCAGAUUCUUAGAAUAUGUAACUAAAUUUUCUAGUUUCUAAACAU